AUGACCAAGUCUCCAGCUGGGAAGGACGCGUUCGUGGCUUAUCGUACAAGAAACAAGGCGAACUGGUUAUCCAAUCAGGACCCUGACCGUAAGCGCAUCUUCAGCAACCCAGCUCCUCCUUCUAAGCUGCUGUCUUCGAUCCCAUCAAAUCCUCAUUCUACCGGCACAAUGACUGGCGAAAAUGACUGCAACACUGCGAACACGGACUUCCUCACUCUCAAAAAUCCUCCUAGCGCCCACCUCGACGAAGAGCAUUGGGACUUCGACAACCUGAUUGCUCCAGAAGACGUCUCACUACCUAGCACUCUUUCCCCUCAACCUCCGAGAAACCCUUCCUGGCAGGAGGGUCCCUACGCCAUCAUCCCGCCUUCACCAUCUCGCGUACCUGCCUUCGCGACAAGCGACGAACCCAUCAUACGCACCACUUACGCCAGCGUCAAAGCGUUCCUGGAGGUUACACCGUCUAACGUAGCUACCGAGCCAAGAACCUAUCGCCUCGAGUUCCACCAGGCUGUCGACUUCUUUGGCGCAGACUUGUUCACACACGAGCCUGGCCGACGUCGCCUUGUUCUGGCUCGCAGGCAGCUGGCACGCCUCAAUACACCCUUCUUCAAGUUUGCGAUGGAGGCAGGUCUUCCGAGUACCAUCUUCAAUUGGCUUCAGGGUGAGCCUGAUACAGAGGACCUCGAUUUUUCGGCUUCGCACAUCGACCGACUUUUCGAGGAGUUGACUAGAAAGGGCAUCUCUAGCGCAGAAUUAUGGCGCAGUUGA